CCUUGCCAAAUAAAGCCAUGGGGGCCUGGGCAGUGACAGCCCUUUCUACAUUAUAAAUAUGUUGUUUUUCUGCCGGUUCGGGUUUGGUGCCUGGAGCUCUGGACCAGCCCGGCUCAGGAGAUUCUCAUCCGCUCUCAGGCCUGUCACUAUGCCCCGGGUGGAUGCUGACCUCAAACUGGACUUCAAAGAUGUCCUUUUCAGACCAAAGAGGAGCAGUCUGAAGAGCAGGUCUGAGGUUGACCUGCAGAGGACCUUCACAUUCCGGAACUCAAAGCAGACUUACAAUGGCAUCCCGAUCAUCGCUGCUAACAUGGACACCACCGGCACUUUUGAGAUGGCACAGGUGCUCAGCAAGCACACUCUCUUCACAGCCAUCCAGAAGCACUACUCCCUGGAGGAGUGGAAGACUUUUGCAGCCAGUCAUCCAGAGUGCCUUGAGCAUGUGGCGGUCAGCUCGGGCAGUGGAGCAGCGGAUCUGGAGAAACUGUGCAGCAUCCUGGAGGCCAUUCCUCUCAUCCAGUACAUCUGCCUGGAUGUCGCUAAUGGCUACUCUGAACACUUUGUGGAGUUUGUAAAAAGAGUUCGGGAAAGGUUUCCAAAGCACACCAUCAUGGCGGGAAAUGUGGUGACAGGGGAGAUGGUGGAGGAACUCAUUCUGUCUGGAGCUGAUAUCAUUAAAGUGGGCAUUGGGCCAGGUAUCACAUUAGAUUUCCCAACACUGUUCUGCGCUGUUAUCGAGUGUGCUGACUCGGCCCAUGGACUGAAGGGACACAUCAUCUCUGACGGAGGCUGCAGUUGCCCUGGAGAUGUUGCUAAAGCUUUUGGUGCUGGGGCAGAUUUUGUCAUGUUAGGAGGAAUGUUAGCAGGACAUGAUCAAUGUGCUGGUGAACUCAUUGAAAAAGAUGGCAAAAAGUUCAAGCUGUUUUAUGGGAUGAGUUCAGACACUGCCAUGAAGAAGUAUGUCGGAGGGGUAGCAGAGUACAGGGCAUCGGAGGGCAGGACGGUCCAGGUGCCCUACAAAGGUGACGUGGAAAACACCAUCAGGGACAUCUUGGGCGGCUUGCGGUCCACCUGCACAUAUGUAGGAGCUGCCAAACUCAAAGAACUGAGCCGCAGGACGACCUUCAUCAGAGUCACACAGCAGUCUAGCCAAAUGUUCACUUAGUCAUGCACACUAAAAACAUACACUCACAAAUGCAGAUUCACCAGUUAAGGAAUAGUUGAGCUGAAAAUGAUAAUUCUGUUACUGUUCUGUGAAUUUGGACGCACUGUACCUUUAAAUGGCAGACACAUUCAUAAACAUAUUUCCCUCUGUCUUCAAGUUUUCUGUGCUCUUUAGAUUCAUGAAUCUACAGUAUCUGAUUCAUUAUGUAACUCUUACACUCAUACAGACAGACCCAUAGAUACUGUUUUGCUCAGGAACCUUGCUGAACCCCAACACAUUGCCUUGGAAAACCAAUUAUGUUGCAGCAUGCUCAGUUUUAUUCAUUUCAAGUUCUCUAAAGUAUGUAGUGGGUCUGCAUCUGUACGAGACAGAGGGUGAAUAAGAAAACAUCAAGUCUCUUGACAGGAUAAUUCCGAGGCGAAUUCAUUCUUUGUAACUAUGCAACCCAUUGUCUUCCUAGAGUGUAACAAUCAGCAUGACGGUUUGAGAGCUUGAGAGAAAGAAAUGCAUGUUAGUGGAGAAUUUACACACCAGCAGAGAAAAUUCUCUGCCACAUUAAGAUCUAGUCCCUGCGUGUUGUAACUUUGAGUUGAUUUGAGCAGCGAGUGGUGCAAUGUGUACUGUUGUGGACAAUUUCUGCUGGCUUGCUUCCUUUGUGAUUGUACAGAGGGUGUGGUGGGAUGUCAUAUCAGACCAGAGGAAUGUGAAAACUGCUGCACCUAAUUUCUUCAACAUGCCUUGUGCAGUUUAGAUGAGAUAGAAAAUACUUUAUUAAAUGUAUUACGAGUAAAACAUUACAUAUGGAGGAAUAAACAUCUGAACAAGAAAUGUGUUUUUUUUAUGCCUUAAAUUGCUUUAUUAUCAUCAUUAUUUUGCAAUAAUGACUGGCUGACUGUGUAUGGAACUAUAAUAUGCUAAGGAAAAUUUGUCCAUUACAACAAACAAAACAAUCAGCCUAUACACUACGGUAAUAGAAAUACUGAUGUCCUCUCAGGUAAUAGGCUAUUUUACUACAGUUGAUAACUGAAAAGCGAGAUGGCACCAAUUGAGUUUGUAUGAAACGAGAGAUAAUGGGCUUGGUUCCAAAAGUAUUUUUACCAUUAAUUUUUCACAUAAGGAUUUUUGAAAAACUCUUUGUUAAAGAGUUAUAAAACAUGAACCAAACCAACCAGCUAUGAGGUCAAUCACAACAUUACAAACUUUGAUUUGAAGUAAAAAAGUACUUGAAAAUCAGAUAAAAAGGCAAAGGUACAAGACUGAGAACGGUUUUACUGAGGGGAAAGAAAUACAAUCACACGAAGCAUUGCAAAUGCAAUAAUAAAAAAAAAAGAUAAAUAUAAACUAUUGAUUUAAAGAUGUUGAUUA